GAGUCUCAACGCAGAAAAAGUUCGUAUUCAAAAACCUCAUUAGAAGAUGCGAUUUUUGAAGCGAUUUGGGAUCCUACCAUCAUCGGCGUUGUAGAUAGUGUGUGUGUUGCGAAGUCUUGCAGAAUGAUAACGCUAGUACAAUUGCUGCGUUUAAAAUCAGAAGAAAACUACCCAGUAUCGAUUUGCGGGAGGGAAAUAAGGAGGAACUCAGCAUACAGGAUCCAUGUGGCGCAAUGAACAAUGGCCCAGCUGUACUACAAAAAAGCCAACUAUUCUCCGUACAUAGACCGGAUCCCGUUGCAGAUCGUGCGUGCAGAAAGUGAGCUGUCAUUGGAGGAAAAGGCUUACCUGAAUGCGGUGGAAAAGGGUGAUUAUGCCAGUGUGAAACAGGCUCUAGAAGAGGCUGAGAUCUACUUUAAUAUCAACAUCAAUUGUACAGAUCCUCUGGGGCGCAGUGCACUCCUCAUUGCCAUUGAGAAUGAAAACCUAGAGAUUAUGGAGCUGCUCCUGAGUUUCAGCGUCUAUGUUGGGGAUGCCUUGCUUUAUGCAAUACGGAAGGAAGUUGUUGGAGCUGUCGAGCUUCUGCUGCAUUAUAGAAAGCCAAGUGGAGAAAAGCAGGUUCCUCCUUUACUGAUGGAUGCCCAGUUCUCUGAGUUCACUCCGGAUAUUACACCCAUAAUGCUUGCUGCACACACCAAUAAUUAUGAGAUAAUAAAACUUUUGGUGCAUGGGGGUGUAUCCAUCCCUCGACCCCACCAAGUGAGGUGCAACUGUGUGGAGUGUGUCUCCAGCACAGAAGUUGACAGCCUUCGUCACUCAAGGUCACGUCUGAAUGUCUAUCGUGCUCUGGCCAGCCCUUCAUUGAUAGCAUUGUCAAGUGAAGACCCAAUCCUCACAGCCUUUCAGUUGGGUUGGGAGCUGAAGGAACUCAGCAAAGUUGAGAACGAGUUCAAGGCUGAAUAUGAGGAGCUGUCGCAGCAGUGCAAGCUCUUUGCCAAGGACCUUCUGGAUCAAGCACGCAGUUCCCGAGAGCUCGAGAUUAUCCUGAACCACAGAGAUGACCAGAGUGAUGAACUCGACCCCCAGAAAUGCCAUGAUCUCGCCAAGCUCAAGGUGGCCAUCAAGUACCAUCAGAAAGAGUUUGUCGCUCAGCCUAACUGCCAGCAGCUCCUGGCUACGUUGUGGUAUGACGGGUUCCCUGGCUGGCGUCGCCGGCACUGGGCAGUGAAGCUCCUGACCUGCGUUACCAUUGGGUUUCUCUUUCCAAUGCUAUCUGUCGUGUACUUGGUGGCGCCAAAGAGCAGACUGGGACUGUUCAUCAAGAACCCUUUUAUCAAAUUCAUUUGCCACACUGGAUCCUACCUGACCUUCCUUUUCCUGCUGCUGUUGGCGUCUCAGCACAUCGUUAAGACGGAUCUUCACAUGCAGGGGCCACCACCAACCAUUGUGGAGUGGAUGAUAUUGCCAUGGGUUUUAGGUUUUAUAUGGGCUGAGAUCAAGGAGAUGUGGGAUGGUGGUUUUAAUGAAUACGUGCACGACUGGUGGAACCUGAUGGACUUUGCUAUGAACUCUUUGUACCUGGCCACCAUCUCACUGAAGAUUGUUGCCUACGUGAAGUACAAUGGCUCACGUCCUCGAGAAGAAUGGGAGAUGUGGCACCCGACACUGAUAGCUGAAGCCCUCUUUGCUAUAGCCAAUAUCUUCAGCUCCCUUCGUUUAAUCUCACUGUUCACUGCAAACUCUCACCUGGGACCACUGCAGAUUUCACUGGGUCGCAUGCUCCUUGAUAUUCUCAAGUUCCUCUUCAUCUAUUGCCUGGUGUUGCUUGCUUUUGCAAAUGGACUGAAUCAGCUGUACUUUUACUAUGAAACCAGCGCCUCAGAGGAGCCCAACAAUUGCAAGGGAAUACGGUGUGAGAAGCAAAACAAUGCCUUUUCAACAUUGUUUGAAACACUGCAGUCCCUGUUUUGGUCGGUGUUUGGGCUGUUGAAUUUGUAUGUCACCAAUGUAAAAGCUCGGCACGAGUUCACAGAGUUCGUAGGAGCGACCAUGUUCGGAACCUACAACAUCAUCUCCUUGGUUGUCUUACUCAACAUGCUGAUUGCCAUGAUGAAUAACUCUUACCAGCUCAUUGCAGACCAUGCUGACAUUGAAUGGAAAUUUGCCAGGACAAAGCUUUGGAUGAGUUACUUUGAUGAAGGCGCAACUCUUCCACCGCCUUUCAACAUCAUCCCCAGCCCAAAAUCCAUCUGGUACCUCUGUAAAUGGCUGCACACUCAGAUCUGUCCAGGCAGAGAUUUGAAGACGGAGCAAAAGCACGAGAACUUCAAAGAAUUUACAGAACGUCAUGCAGAUGACUUGAUCCAAAACCAACACUACCAGGAGGUUAUUAAAAAUUUAGUGAAAAGGUAUGUUGCAGCUAUGAUCAGAAGUGCCAAAACUGAUGAAGGACUUACAGAAGAGAAUUUUAAGGAACUAAAACAAGACAUCUCCAGUUUUCGCUAUGAGGUUCUCGACCUGCUGGGAAACAGAAAAUCAUCUCGAAGAACAUACUCGACCAGCAGUGAUGGGAUGCAGAUAGGAGAAUUGGAUGAUGAUAGUGCAGAAGAAAAGAUAAAUAAAAUAGUCUCAUUCAGUUUGGCCGGAGAAAGCAAUGACAAGAAGUUGAAAAUGAACUCUUUCAGUGUCUCUGCUCUAAUAAAAUCAGUUUCUGGAAUUGAUCUCGAAGAGAAGUCAAAAAAUAACAGAUUGAGCAAGCAAUCUCCAUCAAUCCAAAAUGGGAAUCGAUUGCAGAGGUACCCAAACUCCAAGAAGGAUUCUUUCAAAAGGCUUGGUCUUCUGUUUAGCAAGAUGAAUGGUCAACUCUCAGAAUCAACUCCUGAGCCUGUCUCCAGUAUUUCUGAUGGACUGUUUCAGGCACACAAUAUGUGGCAGGACUUCAAGUAUUCCCAGAUUGCCAGCCCUAACAAUAAAGCAAAGAGUGAGAGUAGUCUUAAUGCUGUUGGUCUUAAUGAGGUCAACAGAAGAAACAGAAUUGAUAGCCAUUGUUCGACUAACCAUACAGACUCAUUUCAUUGUUCUUCCAAUAUUAGUGCCUCCAACAACAAACUCAUUGACUCGACAAGUGAUGUCUAUGACUCUUGGGGGGAGGCCUGUGAUUUGCUAAUGACCAGAUGGAAUAGCCACCAGGAGGAUUAUGUAACAACCCGAUUAUAAUAUACAAGACUAUGUAUAGAUAGUACUUUACCACAAGGGGAUUUGGAUCGUGUCCAUACAGAAUUAUUUUUAAAAACAUAAACCUGUAAAAGGAGUUUUCUGAAGAGAAACCCUGUUUUCUGUAAAUUAACAGAAUGGUCCAAAUAAUAUUGAACUUCAUAGCAAUUGCUGUUAUUUAUGCACAAAUACCACAGCUAUUUCAAGUCCAGAUGGAAAAUGAAAAAAAUAACUUUGAAGACGAGUCUUUCUGCAGUUAGCUUUGCAAAAACGGCAUCUCACACCUGACCGCCCCCCCCCCAUUUAAAUGCAUUGAGUGGCAUGAAGCUCCUGUAUUUGCACAAUUGAUACAAAGUAAACUUGCCAACAAAAGUUGUCAUUUCAAGUCUAAAUACACUUUUUAAUUGGUGUGUGAUUUACAGCCAGUAAACCUCUCUUA